AUGGUCGGAAAAUGGACCAAGUUUGACAACCACGGUAGGGCCGUUGACGUUAUUGCUAUCAAACAAUCGAACCUCGACGAUCGUGAGGUUGAUGAGGACGGCCAUCCAACCGUGCCAACGGAAGCAGCGCUGGUGAAAGCGCUGAUGAAGCAAGGAUGUCGAAAUGUUGCCUCACUACGUGAAGUGAGAUUCUUCGACUGCGACCGCCCGAAAUGGAGAUUGUAUCUCGAAUACUAUCGAUACGGGACCUUGCAUGACCUGAUAAAGACAUACAAGGCGCGUAAGGAACGAGACGAUCGCGAUGAGCGAAUACCAGAAGCCUUUGUAUGGCAAGCAUUCAACGACUUCGCACAAGCAUGUUAUCACAUGAAGGUUCUUCGGCUGGAUUCAAUUGGUGCCCGUUCGCCCCGAGGCGAUCAUUUCGUUCUGCACCUGGACUUGAAGGGGGAGAACGUUCUGCUUGGAGAUGCCCCAGGAAGCUCGAAGUAUAUGCCAUACCCAACGCUGAAAGUUGCCGACUGGGGUAUGGCCGAGUACACCAGUCUCGACGAUGAUAGGAACAGCAAGAAGUGGAAAAAUUAUGGGACCAUUGUUUGGAUGCCACCGAACGCCGACAAAUGGGAAACUCAUAAUUCUGGGAUGCAGGAACAACGGGACUCCGGCCGCUAUGGCGAAAGCUGGGACCGCCCCAUCUUGGGCAACAGAAAUGCCCCAUUUUCCAUGAAGCACGUCGUCUGGCAAAUAGGCGCCAACAUCUACGGGUUGAUGACCACGGACAUGCACAACAAGCACAUUGACGAGAUGGUCAAAAAAGCGGAGGGACUAGAACACACAAUGCGGAAAAACGGAUAUUCCGCCUUGAUGGGUUACCGAAGCCGAUACUACUCGUCCGAGUUGACAAGCUUGGUAGAGGAUUGUCUGCGGGUUGAUCCGUCCAGGAGACCGAAUCCGUAUGAGCUGGUGAAGAGAACGCAGGAUGGGUUGGCGCGUUAUACGCAGAGAUACCAACAAACGGGAGAGUACUCGAAGUUGAGGGUGUAG